UCCACGCCCUUCAGCCUAAGCCGGUCCGCGGAGGUGGGCGAGGCGGGGGCGGGGCCUUGGCGGAGGCGCCCCGCCCCGCUGCCCACUCUCUGCCUUGUCCGCUUCGUGUGUGGCGGCGCCUCUCUAGUCAGUCACUCGUGUGCCUAGGACUCUCGGCUUCACCCUCGCGUCCGCGAGUGUGACUCCACGCGCGGGUGCCGGAAGUGGGCUCGUGCCCUGCGGUUUCUGCUCCAGCGCGGCGACCGUCGCCACGGUGGCGGCCACUGCAUCUCGUCCCACGCCCGCGGUAUCAGCGGACCCUGAGCCCAUGACAGGCCAGGGCCACUCGGCGUCCGGCUUGUCGGCGUGGAGCAGCACGAUAUUCCGCCACGUCCGCUACGAGAAUCUGGUGGCGGGCGUGAGCGGCGGGGUCCUUUCCAACCUCGCGCUGCACCCCCUUGACCUCGUGAAGAUCCGCUUCGCGGUGAGUGACGGAUUGGAACUGAGACCAAAAUAUAAAGGAAUUUUGCAUUGCUUGACCACCAUUUGGAAACUUGAUGGACUACGGGGACUUUACCAAGGAGUAACCCCAAAUGUGUGGGGUGCAGGUUUAUCCUGGGGACUCUACUUUUUUUUUUACAAUGCCAUCAAGUCAUAUAAGACAGAAGGCAGAGCAGAACGGUUGGAGGCAACAGAGUAUCUCAUCUCAGCUGCUGAAGCUGGAGCCAUGACCCUCUGCAUCACCAACCCACUAUGGGUAACAAAAACUCGCCUUAUGUUACAGUACGAUGGUGUUGUUAAUGCUUCACAGCGGCAAUAUAAAGGAAUGUUUGAUACGCUUGUGAAAAUAUAUAAGUAUGAAGGUGUGCGUGGAUUGUAUAAGGGGUUUGUUCCUGGGCUGUUUGGAACAUCACAUGGUGCCCUUCAGUUUAUGGCAUAUGAAUUAUUGAAGUUGAAAUACAACCAACAUAUCAAUAGAUUACCAGAAGCACAAUUGAGCACAGUAGAAUAUAUAUCAGUUGCAGCACUAUCCAAAAUAUUUGCUGUGGCAGCAACAUACCCCUACCAGGUUAUAAGAGCUCGUCUGCAAGAUCAGCACAUGUUUUACAGUGGUGUAUUGGAUGUAAUGACGAAGACAUGGAGGAAAGAAGGCAUCGGUGGAUUUUACAAAGGGAUUGCCCCCAAUUUGAUUAGAGUUACUCCAGCCUGCUGUAUUACCUUUGUGGUAUAUGAAAAUGUCUCACAUUUUUUACUUGGCCUGAGAAAAGAUGACAUAAACUAAGAGAAGAUAAUUCCAGUACAUCUGCCCAAGGCAGCAACAUGCUCCUUUGUAUUUGAGACAUAAAACUCAGAAGAUUACUGCACAGCAACAUAGCUCAUAAUCAGACUUGGUCUAUAAUCAUUAGAAGUCACAGAACGGCUCAGUCUUCACCAUGUUUUUCUGCUUUUGCCUUCCCCAUGGGUAUGGGACUUGGCUACCUCUCCCUGAAAUGGCUGCCAGCAACACAACAGUAAAAUUGACACCAAGUGGAGAAUUUCACAAAUUUUCUCCAUUUCAUUGUCCAAGUAGAAGCUGAUUUGCAGCAUUUGCUGGAUGGAUUUGAAGAAUGCGCUGCUUUUUCUGAACUCAUUUGCCUGGAUUGGCUUUAAAAAUCAACCUCUGUGCAAUAGCAAGAAAAUGGCCUCUUAAAAGAUGUCAUUGAUAUUUGAAGAGUAAAUUAAACGUUAAGGAUUUACUGGGAAAGAUAUUGCCCAAAUCCUGACCGUUUUUGAAUUGGGAAAGUUUGGUGGGGAAAAAAAAAUCCUCCAUAAAUGUGCUUUAGUUUUAAUUCAGCUGGAAUGCAAUUGAUAUUUGAAAAAUUCAAGAAGUUAUAUACUUCUUUUACUUUGAGAAAUAUCUGACAUGUGUUUUCAUUCCAUCACUACUUUUUUCCCAGAGGCUGGUUUCAUAAUUUAAAAUGUAAUCCUGGAUCCCACUAUUAUUUUUUGGCAUAGAUACUUACUGUCUUUUUAAUUUACAAAAUCAGAACAAAAUCCAGCAGUAUUCAGCCCUUAUUUAGCCUUCCUGACCAUAAAUCAGUAGCUAAUAGAUAACCUUAUAUAAAUACUAGAUGAAGGAGAGUAUAUUUGUUGACAAACUGAAAAUGAACAGUUUUAACUUUCCCUUCAGAUUUCAGAUACGUGGUUUCAGAUCCCAAAUAAUUGAUCAGUCUACAUUGGUUGCUCAAAGUCAGGUUUAAAUACAGAUUACUCUAAAGGCCAGUCUUGAUUUUACUUUUGAGUUAUUGUAAUUGUCUAUAAAUAUAAAGGCCUCUGCCCCAAAAUGAUCCUUAUGUCAACAAAUAUACCCUCAAUCAUCUAGUAUCUAUAUAAGGUGAUCUAUUAGCUACUCCAGUAAGUAAUUUUUAUUUACAUAUGAAUGCUUUUUUGCACUACCACCUAUUUGUUGUAAAUAAAAUAUUGUGGUUUUCAAAGCCAUAUUUAAAUGGUUCUUGGAAAAGAGGUCUAUUUUUUAUAUUUUAAAAAUGGCUUUGUUUUAAAAAUAAAGAUGAAAUGAUCAGUA